AUGAAUACAAAAGUAAAAUAUCAUAGAAAUUUUUUUUGUAAUAAUUUAUUUAAACAUAGUUAUAAUAAUGUAUUUUUAACUUAUAAGAAACAUUUUUCUUAUAUAAAAAAGAUAGAAGAGUUAAAAAAAAGAAUUUUAGAUUACUAUUCAAAGGAUAAUGAAUACUUUCUUCAAAGAAGGAAACAACAUGAAAAAGAAAUAAAAAAUUAUUUUAAAGAACUCUCUAAUUAUGUUACACUUGAAGAUAUUUUUUUUUGUCCAGAUGAAAAAAGAAUAUUAAAUGAAGAAACAGAAAAUAUAAAAAAAUAUAUAGAAGAUAAUAAUAAAAAGAAUUUAAAAGACAUAAAUGAUCAUAUAAAAAUCACAAAUGAAAAAACAGAAUUAAUGAAGAUAUUAUCUAUAUGUGGUAUUCGCAUUCCACCAAAAAUUUUAUUUUAUUAUAUAUUUGAUAUAAUAUCCAAUUUAAAAAAACAUCUAGAUAUAAAUAAAAAUUAUAUUAUAAAAUAUGAAGCAGUAACAGAGAAAGAGAAUUAUUUUAGAAUAAAUCAGUAUUAUUAUAACAAGAAAAAAAUAAAUGUUCAAUUUUUUUUACUUUAUAAAUCACUAUCUAAUGUUUUGUAUAGUAUAUGUGAAAAUUCCAUAGAUAAUAGUGAAAUAUAUUUAUCUAUAAGAGAUGAAAUAUAUGAAAAUUAUUGUAAUCUAAGUGAUAUUAUAAUAAAAUCUCCAUCAUUUUUAAAUGUUAGUAUAUUAUUUUAUUUUAUAAAUGUUUGGUUAUUUUCUGAUAAAAGUAGAAAAAUGAAAAUUAGAUGUCUUGAAAACUUAAAUAAAUAUAUAAAUUCCAUUUCAGAUGAUGAAAUAAAUAUUAAUAAAGAUGAUUUAUUUUAUUUUUUUUUAACUAUUCGUCUUUUUUUUUUUACUUUUUCAUACAGUGAUGUAUUAAAUAAUUUAAAUAAUUACAGUAAACAUUUUAUUUCAUCAGUUUUAUUUUUUCCUCAUAAUUCUGAAAAGACAACAAAUCAAGAAAAUGAAAAUUACAAAUACAUAAUCAAUUAUUUAAAUAAAAAUGAAAAAUAUGUAGAAUUUAGGAAAAUACAAGUUUUUCCUUUUAAUUUUUCCCUAUCCUCUUUAAAAAAUAAAAUUAUUUAUAUUUUUGAAAGACCUGAUGAUUACUAUGAAAACGAUACAAAUGUUAUGCGUUCUUAUAACUAUUGGAAAUAUUUUAUAGCAAAGAAGGAGGAUUUUAAAUUAUUAACAAUUUGUAAUAAACACGAAUUCAAUGAAUUAUAUGAUACAAAUAAAAGAGAUGAUAUUUUAACAAAAUAUGUGAAUAAAGAUUAUUUAUAUAAUUUUGAAGAAAAAAUUAAGAAAGAUAUAUAA